GGGUUAGGUUUAGGCAUAAGGAAAAAAUAAAAAAGAAGGGUGUGCACGGUCCGUCUGUGGUCCAGCGGGCUCGCACUCACGCCUCGUUGAGGCCCCCCGGGUGUCUGGUCCCCAGUUUGUUGAUCCAGAGGCGUUCCGCCCGCCUCCGUUGGGCGACACUCCAUCUGGAGUUGGCCUGGACCACACACGCCCGGACAGAAGCCCACCCGUGCCGGAUGAAAUGUUGCACGAGGUGGGUGGUGGUGUUCUUCCGCCGGACGAUAUUGUGUUUGUGCUGGUGGAAACGGGUGGCGAUGGUGUUGCCCGUUUCCCCAACAUACAUGAUGUGGCAACGCUGGCAGAGGAUGACAUAUAUGCAGUUUUUGGUCUGCCCGUCCCCUCUGCACAGCGGUCGAAAGACCUUCCCGCUGUGGCGAUUGACCAGCCACGGGAUUUGCCGCAAGGGAGCGCUGCUCCGAGCCGGGGGCGGAUCUCCGGCAGAGCUGAUCCGAGCCCUGACCAGCAGAUCGCCCAGGCUGGGAUUUUUGCGGUAAGCGGAGACGAGAUAAUGGUCCUUGAGUUUGCCGCUCUUCUCGAUAAAGGUACCAAAAUUCUCCUUCACCCUUCUGGUAACCUGUACCGCUGCAGGCGAGAAGGUAGUGAUGAGGGGGAUCAUGUGCUCGCCAGGGGGAGGCCCUUUCGGGUCCAGGAAGCACCUGAACUGUCUCCUGAGGAAGGACCUGGAAUACCCUCUCUUCCUCAGGGCAGUGAACAGGGCUCCCGUGGCCGUCACAAAGUCCUCCCGUCUGGUGCAGAUCCGGUGGAACCUCAAAAGUUGGGACUUCACCAAACCCGCAUAGGUGUGUCGGGGGUGGAAGCUGGUUUUGUGGAGGAGGGCAUGGGUGUCCGUCUCUUUAAAGAAGACCUUAAUGUCCAAAUGGUGGGUGGAGGUGAAGUCCGGACCCUUGAAGGUGGUAGUAUCAAGGAAAUCCACUGACGUGGGGCUGGUGGUACACUUGAUGGUGAUACUGGGGUUGUGGGUGUUCAGGGUGUGGCGGAACACCUCAAAUUCCUCCAUGGAAUGAGUCCAAACCCCCCAGAUAUCAUCCAAGUAGCGUAAAUAAUGGAGGGGCCUAAUUGGGCAGGCAGCCAGGGCAGAGGUCUCCCAUUCUGCCAUAAAGAUGUUCGCAUAGGCUGGAGCGAAUUUCUUACCCAUGGCCGUGCCCUUGAUUUGUAGAAAAAAUCGGCCGUUGAACUCAAAGUCAUUCCUCCUCAGGUUAAUAUCGAGAAGUUGCAGAAGUUCUUUUUCUGGUCUGCUAACAUCUCGAUAUUUAUAGAAUAUGUUUUUUACGGCUUGGAUGCCCUGGUCUAUAUCUAUAUUGGUAUAUAAACUAUCUAUGUCUAUAGUGAAUAAUAUGGCCUCUUGGGGAAUAACAAUAUUUUUAACCUUUUCUAUAAAAUCGUAGGUGUCUUUGAGGUAGCUCUCAUGUUUGAUGGAGAGUGGGGUCAAAAAAUGAUCUAAGAGCGCCGCCGUCCGGUAGGUUUCACUGCCGCAGUCGGACACAAUGGGCCUGCCCGGGGGUAUCUCGUGUGGUCGGCUCCACUUGUGUCGUUCCUUGUGGAUCUUGGGGAGCAAGUAGAACCUGCGGGGGCGGGGCUCCGAUUCGCCCAAGAGGUAGGUCUUUUGUUUGUCAUUUAUAAAUCGCUUUUUCAAUAAAUUUUGAAUUAUGCUUUCUAUCAUAGGGAUAGUUUCGGGGUAGAUGGGCGCGGCCAAUGAUUUAUAAUAAGUGGUGUCACUCAAUUGUCUGGUGCCCUCCCAGACAUAUUGAGACCUGUCCAUAAUUACCACUGCGCUACCCUUGUCUGCCGGUUUAAUUACUAUGUUAUUGUUGUUUUUCAGACUAUGCAGGGCCUCCGUUUCGUCCCGCGUCAGGUUGGGCGCGACCGCGAGGGCGCAACCCGAUAGGAGCGUUGGGUGCUCGUCCGCCAGGACCAGCGUGUGGACCUCUGGAGGAAGCAGUCCCGGUGAGGGCUCCCAUUCGGACCUCGGAGUGAAAGGUCGAAUUUUACCUGAUGGUGCCACUCGGGACUGAGGCUGGUGGACGGGACGAAACUGAGGCCCUUGUCAAGGAGGGAGCGCUGCGAGGAGGUAAGUCUGAAAUGUUUUGUUAAAUUUACAAUGUUUUUGUUUGUGUUUAUGUUCCCCCCCCGAGAGGUCGGGAUUUUGGGGAGGUCAAGUUUAAAUAGCGAAGCCAGUGCUCCAUCAUUUUCUUGGCUGUGUCAUGGGUCCAGUGGAUCUUGUCCCUCCCUGUAGCGAACUCCUCGUUGGCGAGUGUCGGGAUGAAGUUGUGGCGGUCUUUGAUGUAGGUGUUGAUCAUGCGGAGGUUGGCCUUGUGUUCCUCGGGCAGGGAUUCAGAGAAAUUGAGGAGGGGGAUAGAGAUUUCGGCAUUUGG